AUGGACGUAGAACAAGAAGAGAUGCAAUUUCUCGGAAUCUUUGGAAUUUUCCGAGAAACCACCAAAUUAACCUUCACAUGGCGGAGGAUUUUCUCCCAAAUUACUCUAGCCCUAAUUCUCCCCCUCUCCUUCUUGUUCCUCGCUCACAUGGAGAUCUCCAAUUUGUUCCUCAGAAAAAUCAUCCAGGACGAAAUCGUAUUGGACCAAACGCAAAUCAGUACGGCAAAAUUCGAAAAACUCUCCGACGUCGUCUCGUCGGAGAAGAUCUACUACGGACUAUUUCAAAUCGCGUACCUGAUUGUCUUCGCCGUCCUCUCGCUGCUCUCCACCGCCGCCGUCGUCUACACCGUGGCCUGCAUCUACACCGCCCGCGACGUCGCCUUCAAGCAGGUGAUGAGCGUCGUCCCGAAGGUGUGGAAGCGCCUCCUCCUCACGUUCCUCUGCGUCUCGAUCUCCUUCCUCGCCUACACAAUCCUCGCUCUCUUCGCCAUCUCCUUCCUCUUCUUCAUCGUCCUCCUCGCGCUCCGGGGCGGCGCCGGCGUCGUAUUCACGUUCUACGUCGUGCAGCUCCUCUACCUCGCCGGCGCCUUCUUCCUGACGGUCAUCUGGCAGCUCUCGAGCGUCGUCUCCGUGCUCGAAGAUUGCUGCGGAUUCGGCGCCAUGGCCAAGAGCUACGCGCUGCUCAAAGGAAAUUUAGGGGUCGCUGCGGUUAUAAUCCUCGUCCUCAGCCUCCCUCUCGCAACGGUGCGUUUUGUGUUCGGAAACCUGGUUGCCCAUACGACGUCGUUGGGGCUACUCACCAAGGGUAUUUUGGGAAUUUUUUGUUUCUUGUUGUUCUUUUUGUUCUUCUUGUUCAAGCUGGUGACCGAGACGGUGUUGUACUUCGUCUGCAAAUCAUACCAUCAUGAAAAUAUAGACAAGUCGGCCCUCUCGGACCAUCUCGAGGUCUAUUUGUUGGGAGAGUAUGUGCCCUUGAGGCCUAGGGAUGUUCAACUUGAGAAAUUCCAAGUUUGA